AUGUCAGACGGUAGCGAGAAUGAGCUUAUCAAUCUGGACGAGGACAACAUGGAGGACGAUGACGACUAUGAGCGGCAGCGACAGGAGAACAUGAGGAACAAUGCCGCUCUGCUCGACUCGCUCGGUCUUCAAGGCGCGAAGCCCCCGCGUCCACGUAACAGCGAUAAGAAGCCUCAGUUGUCAGCGGAGGACCGACGUGCUCGCAAAGAUGCGCAGAUCCGUUCGGCUGCGUUGAAGGAGAAUAUUCAGCCUACGAGGCGGUCCGGACGAGUCGCUGCCAUCCAACAGAGACCAGUACCUGUCAAGGACGACGGGUCCGAUCCGGACUAUACCCCACCCCCACCCCAAUUCCGCUACUCCACCAUACCAAAGCAGCGGGCGCUCGCUGUACCUUCCGGACCAGAGUACGAGACGUCAGAGUCCCUGGAGCCGCAGCCGCGUCCUAAACGAGGGGAGGAUGGGGUGCUGAUAUUCGAGGGGAGGUGGAAGGGUGUCUUUACGCCGAAUCUGACGCCGGAGGAGAUGUUCCGGCAGGGAGCGUUCGGAGGCGCAUUCUUCUGCGAUACCUACUCAAAGGUCCUGAAGACACCUCUCUCCGCCGCUAACGAUAUCGCCUCACUCCCCUUCACCCUUCCCGAUUCCCUCACCAGCACCCACCUGUCCCGCUCCGACCCCGAAGCGAGCGUCAAUCGCUUCGGACUCAGAGCCGGCCAAUCCCUGCAAGAAUGGGAAAAGGCUGGAUGGAUCUGGGCUGGCGAUCCACGAGGAUGGGCACAGUGGUAUACCCGUUUCUGGGCCGGCAGGCGGACAGAGGACGAUGAGCGGCAGGUCCGGCGGUGGUUGAAGGUAGCGGGUCCGACCGGGAGGUUCAAGAAUCAGUUGAUCAAGAAGAUUGCGGGAGCGGGCGGGAGGGAGGCAAUACAUGAUGAGGUAUUGGGUGCGGUGGUCAGGCAGUGUCUUUGGCAGUGGGGUUAUGAGCUGAACGAGAUUGAGUGGGACAAGGUGAUGGGCGCGUAG